UGGUGUUUAAGGGGGCCUGUUUUCCCCUCAGGUUAAAAGAUAAAGACAUGGUUUGAUAGGCAGGUUAAGGGAUGAACGUGUUCGGAGGAGGAGGAGGAGGAGGAGAUGAAGUAUAUAUAUAUAUACACACAUCGACCUGUGCUGAAGACAGAGCGAGAGGAAAAAACUCCAGGACAACAGAAGGACACUUCGGCAGUCAUGGCAGACGUCAGCUUUAAGCAGGAGUUUCUGGAGACUCAUAACCAGUACCGCGCGCAGCAUCAGGCCCCGCCGCUGGUGUUCAAUGAGGAUCUGUGUAAGACAGCUCAACUGUGGGCCGAACACAUGCUGAGCGAAAACACACUGGAACACAGUGACACGAAAGACGGGGAGAACGUCUACUACGCCUUCAGCUCCGACAAAAAAACACCCACAGGGAAGGAGGCUGUAGACUCGUGGUACAGUGAGAUCAAAGAUUACAACUUUGAACAACCAGGACAUCAACCCAACACAGGACAUUUCACCCAGGUUGUGUGGAAAUCCUCGACUGAGCUCGGAGUCGGUCUGGCCACUGAUGGAAACACAGUUUUUGUCGUUGGUCAAUACAAGCCUGCUGGAAACAUAACCAACGCUGGGAACUAUGAGAAAAAUGUUCUGCCUAAAACCGGCUAAUGAAUGUUCAUUUACAUUCAUGAUUUAGCAAAUGCUCGUAUUCAAAGUGAUUUAAUCAUCAUUACCGGUUUAAAUAUGAAAGAAUGGCCAAUAAGAUCAAAUAUGAGUGUGUGUGUGUUAUUUGAAUAAAGUAUGGAUCAUCUCAU